GUUUAUUGGGGUUUGGCUCGUCGUUUCCUUUUUUCAGCUGCGCUCUCUCUGCGUGUUUUAAAGCUGCGCAGUCUGCGCUCAUUUGAACCCUCUCCGUCAAAGCCACCGGACGCACCGCUGCUGGCGCACAGUGACAGACGCUCUCUGCAGAGGUCCCAGGAGUUAUCUCACCUCCACCAUGACUGAUCGCUUUGACUGCUACUAUUGCCGGGACAACCUGCACGGAAAGAAGUAUGUUAAGAAGGAUGAGAAGCACGUGUGCACCAAGUGCUUCGACAAGCUCUGCGCCAACACCUGCGCGGAGUGCCGGCGCCCGAUUGGAGCUGACUCGAAGGAGCUGCACCAUAAGAACCGAUACUGGCACGAGGACUGUUUCCGCUGCACCAAAUGUUACAAGCCGCUGGCCAGUGAGCCGUUCAGCGCCCGAGAUGAUGGCAAGAUCAUGUGCGGCAAGUGUGGCUCGAGGGAGGACGGCAACCGCUGCCAGGCCUGCUACAAGGUGGUGAUGCCAGGGUCCCAGAACGUGGAGUAUAAGAACAAGGUGUGGCAUGAGGAAUGCUUCACCUGCUUUGAGUGCAAGCAGCCAAUCCGCACACAGAGUUUCCUGGCCAAGGGUGAUGACAUCUACUGCGCUCCUUGCCAUGAGAAGAAGUUUGCCAAAAAAUGCUUCAAGUGCAAACAGCCCAUUACCUCUGGAGGGAUCAGCUACCAGGACCAGCCCUGGCACUCCGAGUGUUUUGUGUGCGAAACCUGCCGUAAACCUUUAGCAGGAACCCGCUUCACCUCCCACGAGGACCACGUUUAUUGUGUGGACUGCUACAAGACCGACGUGGCCAAGAAGUGCCACGGCUGCAAGAACCCAAUCACAGGGUUCGGCCAUGGAACCAACGUGGUGAACUAUGAGGGAUACUCCUGGCACGAGUACUGCUUCAGCUGCAAGAAAUGCUCCCUCUCCCUCGCCAAUAAACGCUUUGUUCUCAACGGAGAGCAAAUCUACUGCCCCGACUGCGCUAAGAAGCUGUAAACAGAUGUGCAGAAGAUCCCGAAUUAUAAGGGAACUGCUUCGAGUUUAGUUUGUUACUCAAAAAUGAAUUCUGAUUUAACAUGCAUGCAAUCAUUUCUUUUGUGAAACAAGACUUGAGGUUUCUGCAAACUGCUUCUGCACUAGAGCUUCCAAUCAACAGCAAUGCAGCCUGCUUCAGUAUCUGGAGCACGUCUCCAACAUGGCAUCAAAAUUUAUCAAGCGGGAUUUUAAUCUGAUGUUUUUAGGAUUCUCUGUUGCAUUGUGGGAUUGCCGUACAUUUAGCGCCUUGCAGGAAUCUUUCCCGGAUCAAAUGCUUUUAUCCUCUCUGCUGCUUAAACAUACCAGCUUUGAUUAAUAUCCUUGUUACAUCUGACAGUUUGGAUUUAAAAUACACAAAGCUUUGAGAAUGAUGCUGAAUAAUAACCCUGUUAUGUAGUUAAAACUUGAAGUUUAGACGAAACAAAUAAAAUGAAGUACUGGG